UUAGUGAUAGACACUGGAGAGAGGAGAGUGGAGAGAGAGAAUAAGAGUAGAAAUCGAAAUUAAGGAAAUAAAAAGGAAAAUAAAAAAAGAGAAGAGAUUGGAAUAUUGGUGAGGUGGAAGCAUCGAGUUUUGGUUCUGGGUACCUAUCUCUUCUACUCACUCUUCUCUUUUCUCUCUACAAAGCUGCUUCUUCUCUCAACCCCUUCCUCUCAUCUCAUAUUUUCAAUCCCGCAAUUCCCACUCACAUUUUACAUAUUUUUUUAAUUAUCAAAAUUAAAAUGUCCGACCCAACCUCCAAACCCAACGGAAACGGCGCGCCCGCCACCAACGGCAACGCCGGCCCCGUCAAGUCCCAACUCUACAACCCCAACCGUCAAGUUUACCGCCCGCAGUCGCGCUACCACGGGCGCCGCCGCUCCCACCGCAACCUCUGCUGCUGCUGCUGCUUCUGGACCAUCCUGGUGGUGCUCGGCGUGGCGCUCCUCGCCGCCAUUGUCAGCGCCGCACUGUACGUACUGUACCGUCCCCACCGCCCUGAAUUCUCCGUGACGAACCUCCGCAUUGCGAGGAUGAACCUGACGACGCCGUCGGACUCGCCCUCGCACCUCACCACGCUCUUCAACCUCACGCUCAUCGCCAAGAACCCCAACAACCACCUCGUCUUCUUCUACGACGCAUUCUCCGUGACGGUGUUCUCGAACUCCGUCCCCGUGGGAAACGGCUCCGUGGCGGCCUUCUCCUCCGACAAGAACAACCAGACGAGCCUCCGCGCGGUGCUCUCGGGGUCGCAGGAUCUGGACACGGACUCCCUGAGCAGCGUGAGAUCGGGUCUGAAGAUGAAGAAGGGUUUCCCCGUUCAGAUUCAGAUGGACACCAAGGUGAAGAUGAAGAUGGACUCGCUCAAGAGCAAGAAGGUCGGAAUCAGAGUCACCUGCGACGGAAUCAGAGGCACCGUUCCCGCCGGCAAGACUCCCGCGGUUGCAUCCGUCGUCGACUCCGAGUGUAAGGUCGAUCUUCGAAUCAAGAUCUGGAAGUUCUCCUUUUAAAAAUGCAACUCUUUUUCAUUCAUUAUUAUUGCUAAAUUCGUUAUUAUUAUCAUCGAUCCACAUCAAUCUCAAUAAUCAAUCCCUUCUCUCUCUCUCCCUCUCUUUUUCAUAAUUUCCCUGGGGGAUGGAUUGAUUAUGAUUAUGGUUACUUUACUUAUCAUGCAAUGUGCUCGAGUUUCUUAGAAUGUGGUCAGAAGGUGAAAUUUGUAUUGGCGAAAAAAAUGAAUUUUGAGCUUGUAUUCUUGUAAUAUGAGGAGAUAUAGGGCAGAAGGCCCUAAGUUUAGUUUUUUUUUUCUUUUUUUUUUAAUUUGUCAUUGUAGUUUGUUGCUGCAAUUUGUUUCAAAGUUCUUACAGUAAUGCAACUGAAAAUUAAUACAUGUGGGUUUUGAAAUCUUACUCCU